AUGUCUGUUCAGGAGGGGGCGUUCCCGCCCCCCGAUGGCAAGGUAGCCAGCCUCGGGAAUCCGGAAGAUGUCCUGCACAGCAUCAACCUCGUGUCCCAGAUUCUGUCCAUCACGCUGAUCACUUUGUUCAUGGUCUUGCGUGUGUACACAAAGUCCAUCGUCGCACCGCCGUUCCAUACGGAUGACUGUGAGUCCAACCCGGUUUUCGCCAUGUCUGUUCCGUUGAUGCGUACGAUCCUCAUGCGUCGCCUCAGGGAUGUCGUUGAUAGCAUAUCGCUGAUUACCCUCGUCCAAGUGGGCCGUUUUGGAGGCGGAUUCCACGUCUACGAGAUCUCGAAGGAAAGUUAUAAAGGCUUCAAAAAGCUCGCUCUCCUCUGGAUCGUCAUCAGGGUCUUCGGGUUGCACAAGAAGACGAUCAUCGGAACCUAUUCAAUCAUCUUUCUCCUGACUGGAUAUACCAUCCCCGUCAUGUUCCUGAAGGGGUUCAUAUGCCGGCCCCUCGCCGGCUUCUGGGACUCGGCCGUCAAGACCACCUGCUACAACCAGCGCGCCAUCCUGCUGGCCGAUACCGUCGUCAGCGCCAUCACCGACAUGGCCGUCCUGUGCAUCCCGAUACCAGUGGCCGUGACCCUCCGGAUGUCGUGGAAGAAGAGGCUCAAGGUCAUCGCCAUGCUGAGCUCCGGGGGGAUUGCCACGGCGGCGAGCAUUAUACGGCUGGUUCUCGUAAUCAAGCUACAGAACUCGCAUGAUGAAACGAUCGACCUCAUCCGGUUCAACCUCCUCGGUACGGCGGAAGUGAGCAUAGGCCUGAUAUGCGCGUGUCUUCCCGCCGUCAACAUACUCUUUCUGCGCGGGUUCGAACGCGCGACGGACUCGAGCCGGGGCACCCUCGGCAGCAUCAUCGAGUUCAAGUUCCUCAGAGGCAGCAGGCUUCGGACCCAACAAUUAACAACGACAGAAGUCGCGCCCGAUACUGCCCGCGAGGACGUUCCCGUCGUUCGUCCAGGUCCGACGCAAGAGGCGAGAGAAGACUACAUUUUCUCCGUUGAAAGAAUUAGCCGUCCCCCUCCAGCGACACUGCAAGGGGACCCCGAGACUGGGGAGUCGCGGGAUGAUUGGUACUCCAAUGUAAUGGCUUCACCCUUCUCAGAGCCUGGAUCCCCGGACUGGGCUCGAAAAGGUGUUGAGUAA